GAAUUACUUACUAUAAUCGAAACUAUAUUCGCUAGGGGCAAAGCAAUUAUACUAUUUCUUAUUUUAAAGGGAGAGAUCCUAGUAAAGGCAUAUUUUAAUAAUAAUCUGGAUACCGAAUUAGUCUUUGCUAUAAGCUCUACUAGGUAUAUAAAUAAUACUCUAAGCCUAAAAUAUAUUAAGUACUUCCAUAAUCAGAUAUAUUAA